AUGUCUAUAACUGAAGAACAAAAACAAAUUGUUAAAUCAACAGCAUCUGCCUUGAAAGAAAAUGGCAAAGAAAUAACUUCCAUCUUUUAUAAACAUAUGUUUGAAGCUCAUCCAGAAUUAUUAAAUAUAUUCAAUCGUACAAAUCAAAAAGUUGGAACACAGCCAUUAGCAUUAGCUAAUACAAUUUACUAUGCUGCUGAAAACAUUGAGCAUUUAGAUGUACUUGCACCACAAGUUGCACUGAUUGCUCAUAAGCAUCGUGCGUUAACUGUUUUACCAGAACAUUAUCCUAUUGUUGGCAAAUAUUUACUUAUUGCAAUAAAAGAAUUUUUAGGUGACAAUGGUACACAAGAAAUUUUAGAUGCAUGGGGAGCUGCUUAUGGUAUUAUUGCCAAAAUAUUUAUCGAUGCAGAACAAGAAUUAUACAAUGAACUUGGCCCAGAUGAACAUGAUAAAGGUUUUGUUCCAUUGAAUAUUGUUAAAAAAGAAACAGUUGCCAGUGGACCAAUCGUUGCUCUUACACUAGAACGCCAUGAUGGUGGGAAAAUGCAUACCUACCAUCCAGGACAAUAUAUUACACUUCGCAUUACAAAAGAUGGCUCCUUUCAUAAUCGACAUUAUAGUCUUUUGGAACCAUUCGAUGGUAAAACUUAUCGUGUUGCUAUUAAAGAUGAAGUUGAUUGUGAUCCAAAAGGUGUUGUUUCUAAUGAAAUAAUUGACAAUUAUAAAGUAGGCGACACUAUCUUAACAAGUUUUCCAGCUGGUACAUUUAAAUUAGUUAAAGAUGUUAAGCAUCAUUUAUUUGUUGCCGGUGGAAUUGGUAUAACAGUUCUUUCAUCAUUAAUUUUAGAAUUACAUAAAGAAAAUAAAGCAAAUAGCGCAACAUUAAUUCAUUGUGCAGCAACACAAGAACAUGCUGCUUUUGCUGAUCAAUUAAAACCAAUUCUUUCGGAAAAUCAAUAUAAAUUAUUUUGUCAAGGUGAAAAAUUAGCAAAAGAUGAUUUGCAAAGGGCAUUAACAGUAGAUUCCCAUGUAUACAUAUGUGGCUCAUUACCAUUUAUGAAUAAAAUUCAAGAUUAUUUAGCUGAAUGUAAUCACCCAGCAUCUCAAAUUCAUAUCGAAGCAUUUCAACCAUCACUUAGUAUUUUAAGAGAUGCUGUUAAAGACAAUGCAAAAACAAAAUCAUUAUAA